AUGGCCAGCGAACUGAAACCACGGCUUUGUAUCAUGACAAAGAGUGAGAACGGGUAUGGGUUUCACUUGCACGGUGAGAAGGGGAAGAACGGCCAGUUCAUUCGCAAAGUUGAGCCCGCGUCGUCAGCCGAAGCUUCGGGGCUGCGCCCGGGGGACCGUGUCAUUGAGGUGAACGGGGGAAAUGUGGAGAAAGAUACGCACCAUCAAGCUGCUGGUGGUAGACCGGGAGACGGACGAGUACCUUCGCAGCCUGCGCCUCGUCUGCACCGAGGAGAUGGCUGUCCAUCUGGGGGGACCCACCUCUGUUUCCCCUGCCUCACCCCCAGCCUCACCACCCCCAGCCUCACCACCCCCUCCUCGCCCCCGGCCUCCUCGCACACAGCCAAGAGAGAGAACGGCUCUGUGUCCAAGCUGCCCACUACCCUGACCAGAGAGGUACCCAAGCCCACGCGAAGGUCACCGUCGCGGGCCGCCAAGAAGGAGGCUCUGGCCCAUGUUAAUGCCCAUGCCCAGGUGGCACGGACACCAGUGGACCCAUCGGAGCUGUUCCCCAGGCUGUGCCAUCUGGUGCGGGCCGAGACUGGCUACGGCUUCAACCUGCACAGUGAGAAGUCCCGGCCGGGCCAGUACAUCCGCUCCCUGGACCCUGGGUCUCCAGCCGACCACGCCGGGCUCAGACCACAGGACAGACUCAUAGAGGUGAAUGGGGUGAACGUGGAGGGCAUGCGUCAUGCGGAGGUCGUGACCUUCAUAAAGAGAGGAGGAGAUGAGACCAGGCUGCUGGUGGUGGACCCUGACACAGACCAUCACUUUAAGAAGAUGGGUGUCACCCCAUUGGCCAGCCACAUUAAAGACUUUGACGGUCCGUCCAUAUCCAACGGCUCCCCCAGUCCUCAGAUCAACGGCAGCUUCACCAGCAGCUCCAUCCAGUCACACCACUCUGACUUGAGCAGUCCAGACAACAGCCUGCAGCUGGGAGAGGACGAGGCGAGCCGUCUGAUGGACCCGUUUGCUGAGAUCGGCCUGCUCCUGAGUCCCACUGCGGCUGAGGCCAAAGAGAAGGCCCACGCCAAGAGAGCCAAGAAGAGAGCCCCUCAGAUGGACUGGGACAAAAAACACCAGCUCUUCAGCAACUUCUGAACUUUUCUGCCACCCAAUGAGAGAAGCAGAAAGACUGUCGAAUUUGACAUAUCUGAAACUUACCUUCAACAUUCCUACCCGUUACCCUACCACCACCACCCCACCACCACUACCACCACCACUACCAACACCACCCCACCACCACCACCACCCCACCACCACCACCACCACCCCACCACCACCACCACCCCACCACCACUACCACCACCACCCCACCACCCCACCACCACCACCACCCCACCACCACUACCACCCAAUCCAACAGAAGAGAAUAUGCAGAUAGAAUGUUGUUCUUUGAACGUUGGCCAUCCAACACCGACUCCCCCCUGCUUCCAAAAUGGACGGGAUGGAAUGAUGGACAUUUCAUCCUUUACCCCUCCUUCAAUCCUCCCUUCUUCCACCCUUCUCUAUACCCUCAUCCCACCCAGAGAGAGCUUGUCUGCUGGACUGGACUGGAAUAAGAGACUCAGGAUUACCAGCUUCUUCUGAAUCCACCCGUCAUCAUCAGUCUUUCCCUAAACCAUCCAAUGUCCCUCCUCUUCUACCACUAACUCCCACCUCCUCUGAGGACUGAUCUGGAGAGAGGAGGCACUUCUUUUUGUAUUUAGAAAGUAGAAAAGCACCUUGAUAGGUGUUAGCCAGCCCAGCUGUAACAAGUAUGGGGAAUAUGGACUAUGUGAGAUGUUUGUGAACACUGUGACCUGAUCUUAAACAUUGGGGUUUGUUUUGACCCUGUAAGAGAAGGAACGUACGCCCAAAGAUGGAUAAAACUCUUCCUCCCAUGAUCCUCCUGUGAUUUUAUUGUGUGACCGAUGCGCCUCAGACUUCACGGAUUCACUCACCAGGAAAAGCACAAACUGGAGGCUGAAUAGCACUGCUUCUGUAUCAUCUCUGUUUGUAUUUGUAUCAAAGCAUCUGUUUUCUCACAAUGUCAUAACAUUUCCACUUUGCUCCCUAUGUUGGAUAUGAACUUGUAUUCAUAGAUGGUGUUAACAAUGCAUAGACAAUCAAAAGCCUUACUCCACCCAUCCCUCCUUCUCAAUAUAAUAGCAUUUAAGAUACAUUGACUAAAUGCAUGCAUACGUGCACACACAAGCCCCCUGUGAUUCUCUAGCCUAUAGGCCUGCUUCACUCAUUCUAAGGCAGUUUUAGUUUAUUUAAGGGACCCUUAUCUUUAUGACAUCAAUGACAUCCUCUCCACUAUUUCAUAUCCCAAUGUCCCCGACAUAGAAAUAGAAUUACUAGAAUGGGAAUUCCUCAAGCAAGUUAAGAGUGAAUAGAUCAAGCGUUGAGUUUUUUACACUGCCUGUCUAGUACACCAGGGGGUGCUAAUAAGACACACGGCAACAUGAAGCCACUCCAGUACACUGCUCAGAGAUGUAUGAGGAUUGGGACAUGAAAGUACCAUAGCAGGAGAAGAUCGUCUGGGGAUGAUAUGACCACUUUAAAGAUGUAUGAGAUCUAUGUAACACCUUGUAACAUUUACGUAAUGUUAUUACUAGUUAUGAGUAUCUAUCAUGCUUUACCUGUUAUAAGCAAAUAUAAUGCUGUAUUACUUGUUAUAAGCAAAUAUAAUGCUACAUUACUUGUUAUGAGCAUCUAUAAUGUUUUCUUACUUGCUAAAGUAUGAGCAUUGAUAAUGCUGCAUUACUUGUUAUGAGCAUCUAUAAUGCUGCAUUACUUGUUAUGAGCAUCUCCAUCUAUGAGCCGAACACCUUUAUAUGCAAAAGUAUAGAUACAAAUAAUGUAUGAAAUAACAAGAUGGAUAUUGUACGGGAUUGAAAGUGAGCCCAGCGUAUCAAAGAAAGCUUACAUCAUUCAGUGUUGAUGUGAUGUUGUGGUAAUGUUCUGCUCAUGUUGUGGUACAGUGAUGACAGACUGACAUAGUGCUUGUAUCAGCUACUCCAGACUGGGCUGUCUUUCUGUUUCACUUCAGAAGGGAAGGACACAGUUAUUUUUGUACAACAUGCCUGAAUGCUGUGGAUUGUGGAUCGGUUGUGGUAUCAGGGGCUUUGGUAUGCGAGUAUAGCCUGGUCGCAGAUCAAUUUGUGCGAUAUUGCCAACUCCUAUGGUCAUUAUCAAGAGGUGUCACACAACAAUAGCCAUAGGAGUUGGUAAGACAGCACAAACUGAUCUCGGAUCAGGUUAUUCUGAGCUAUGGGGCUAGGGGCUCUGAUCAGUGGGCCUGCCCAGUGGGGGCAGUGGUGGUGGGGCAGUGGGGUGUGUGGGAGAGGCCUAUCCUGGAGGUCAGACUCAGAGAUGCUCUAAUGAAUGAAACCAGGGGAGCAACAGGACUUACAGGAGAUUAGUCCUAGCAUAGGAUAGCAUGGGGACAGCUGUCCUGCACACAGACUCAGACACACCCCAGACCAAACCACUGUCACGCCUCAUAGGGGGGUGAAGGUCAAGUUUAUCUUAUUGUGUCAUCCACUAAUACGGAUAGUAAUCUCAGGUCCCCCCGGUCGUUCAUAUUGUGGUAGGAUCUACACAAAGAGAACACUCCCCAGACCAAACCACUACUACAUCUCAUACGGGGGUGAAGGAAGAUAGAAGAGAAAGUUUGUCUCUGUGUCUCUAUUGUUACUAUUCACCCAGGGUCUGUAUAGUGCUGAUCUAGGAUCAGUUUUGCCUUUUAGAUCAUAAUUAAUAAGAUUAUAUGGACAGGAGGGACCUGAUACUAGUUCAGCACUCCUACUCUGAGACGCUUUCUGAAUACAGGCCCAGGUCCCCCCUGGAGGUUCAUAUUGUGGUAGGGUCUGAAAUGCGGGUUCCUGGUUGGGCUCGGUCUGAGGUACAUGCCAGGGUCAGCUGUGCUAUGCGGCGCCGACACCACACUUAGGACGGAGAGAAAUGUCUGAUCUGUUUUCAUAUAUUGCACAAUUGAUUUUUGUUAAUACGCAUAUUGUCAUUACUAUUACUCAUAAUAGUACAGAUAAAACCAUUUUUAUUUCUCUGGUUUCCAUUUGUGAUCUAGCACCAAUGUGUUUGCAUAAGGGUUUUUACUAUUGGUCCAUAUGAUAAGCUGACCGUUAAACCCUGAGCAGAAUGGUAUAUGACCCAUGUAUAUUUACAUUUGAGUCAUUUGGCAGACGCUGUUAUCCAAAGCAGCUGAAAGGAGCAAUUUGGGGUUAAGUGCCUUGCUCAAAAGUCUGUUGACAGAUUCUUCACCUAGUUGGUUUGGAGAUUCCAACCAGUGACCUAUCGGUUACUGGCCCAAUGCGCUUAACCACUAGGCUACCUGCCUCCCUACAGUAUAUAUACGGCAGGUUGUAUUUUUUCAAUAAAGUUUGACAAUCUCCUUCUGGACUAUAUGACAUCA